UCAUAGCGUCUGGGGUCGCUCGCCGGCUAGGAUUCACGGUUGCCAUGGCGUCCUAUUUUGAGGAGCACGACUGUGAGCCGGGAGUGCCGGAGGAACAGUAUCGGCAGAAUGCGCUCCUGGAGUUGGCACGGACACUGUUCAAUGGGAUGGACAUUGAGCUAGCAUCUGCAGACUUCACAGACUGGGACCAUCGACUGCCCCCACCUGCUGCCAAGAGAGCUGUCCAGAGCCUGCCGAAAGCCAUCAUCACAGGGGCCCAGGCUGAUAAAGGUCUGAAGUGCCCUGUGUGCCUUCUGGAGUUUGAGGAGGAACAGACUGCCCUGGAGAUGCCCUGCCAGCACCUCUUCCAUUCAGAUUGCAUUCUCCCUUGGCUGGGCAAGACCAACUCCUGCCCACUGUGCAGAUGUGAGCUGCCCACAGACAAUGAAGAGUAUGAGGAGUAUAAGAAAGAUAAGGCUCGGCGGCAACAGCAGCAGCAUCGACUUGAAUACCUCCAUGGAGCCAUGUAUACAUGAUGGGCUUCCUUUUUCCCUCCCAACAUUUUUCCUCAUGUCAAUUAAACCGUUUCCUCACCCUGA